AUGUCCCCGUCAUCCGGAGAUAUUUGUCCGUAUGUCCCCGUCAACCAUAGAUCUAUGUCCGUAUGUCCCCGUCAUCCGGAGAUCUAUGUCCGUAUGUCCCCGUCAACCGGAGAUCUAUGUCCGUAUGUCCCCGUCAACCGGAGAUAUUUGUCCGUAUGUCCCCGUCAACCGGAGAUCUAUGUCCGUAUGUCCCCGUCAACCAUAGAUCUAUGUCCGUAUGUCCCCGUCAACCGGAGAUCUAUGUCCGUAUGUCCCCGUCAACCGGAGAUCUAUGUCCGUAUGUCCCCGUCAACCAUAGAUCUAUGUCCGUAUGUCCCCGUCAACCGGAUAUCUAUGUCCGUAUGUCCCCGUCAACCGGAGAUCUAUGUCCGUAUGUCCCCGUCAACCAUAUAUCUAUGUCCGUAUGUCCCCGUCAACCGGAUAUCUAUGUCCGUAUGUCCCCGUCAACCGGAGAUCUAUGCCCGCAUGUUCCAGUUACCCGGAUGUCUAUGUCCGUAUGUCCCCGUCAACCCGUCAACCGGAGCUUUAUGUCCGUAUGUCCCCGUCAACCCGUCAACCGGAGAUCUAUGUCCGUAUGUCCCCGUCAACCCGUCAACCGGAGCUUUAUGUCCGUAUGCCUCCGUGAACUUCCUGUUAGUUCCUCGAAUUCAUCACUAA